AUGUUAGACUACCUUCCUCUACCCUACAAUAUCCUAUUAGCCACAGAAUAUCAAUGUAUUCUUUUCGUUUCUGAUGCACCUUACACUCGCUACGUACUAAAAUGGUUUCUGCUAUGUGCUCUGACAAAGGACUGUAUAUCUCCACCUAAUGCGACACCAAAAUGUCAUAAUGUCACCGACCAGUACGGUACUAAAAUGGGCUCUAACUGUCAUCGUUAUGAUCAAGCAGCACUCAACUUGAUCCAUUUACAGUAUCUGUUUGACCCGGUUGAGCAAGGAGCAUUGCGAAUUGGGCUGGUCGAUCAUUGGGUGGAUGGUAUAGGUGAUAGUUGGCAGAAUGUUACAAAUGGUACUGAUAAGAAUGGUAGAGUUGGUGAUAGAAAUAAUGAUAAGAGGAGGAAAAUGAGAAGUAGUGCAAAUGAUCAAGUACUAAAUGGCUCAACGUUUGUAAACAAAGUUCUGGAGCGGCGAGAUCAAAGGUUUUUGCCUUAUGGUGAGAUGUUCUCAGUACGAAGGGACUCGGUCAUCAAUGACACUAUCAUUUUGAAGUGUUGA